AUCGCUCGAAACGCGGAAUUGUCAAUUUUUGUUGUUGUGAUUGUCGUCGUUGAACGUCUUACACCUAUUACUCUGUAAAGUCAUUGUUAUCAUGAGGUAAUAGAUAACGAGGCUAUACUACGAUGAUGCUGCGAUUGCUGGAAAAGAGCGAUAAAAAAUCUUUUUCUGAUGAAAAAAGGAUUCUGCUGACCGUCUGCCUGCCUGCUCCGUGCUUGUAUAUGGGCUGUUGUUGUUGUUGUUCUGUGUCACUGUCUAGGUCGCUUCUAACUGCGGACCCCGGGCUAGCUGUGAGGGGCUUCCGGGUGCAGCUGUGCCUGGGCUGCUAUUGAAUGAGUGGCAGUAGUGGACGGAGGAGAGCACUGAGGCUACGGCCAGCCAGGUUGGUUGUUCCAAUUCGGCGAGCCCCAGCUCCCCUGGCAUCGCUUUCGCUGAAGGUUCGCCCGCCGAAAAGGCCCCGAGCAGGAGGGCCCGAGUCGGCCGUCAGCAGCAACGCUGCCCCGCGGGACAGACGCUAGGAGUUAGGAGGCGAGCGCUUCUGAGGCGACUCUUCGUAGUGCAGUUAAACUGCGGCAAAAUCUGUAUCAUUAACGGAGACAACGACAGUAGCAACAGCAGCAGGACGAGAAGCAGGCAGCUCUGCCAAACGCACUGCUAGCUACCGUGCUACACGAAGUAGAAACGGGGAUGGUGGUGUGCUAUAGCAUUGCAGGUCAAGCUCGUGGCCCAGUUUAAGGAUCUUGGUGUGUAAGCUUUGGUUUUGUUUGGUGAUUUCCCAGUUAGCCGAUUGGUUGGUGCAUCAGUGGCUCGUGGUCUAUGGUUCGUCCUUUGUGCUAGAAUUAGCCCGUAGUGAGAGGACGAACAGGAACGGUUUACGAGUGUGGGGGGCUAUUUGCUUCUGUCCUGUCGUACUCGUGUGGACAGAGCUGACGGCGACGGCGGCGUCUGGCCCAACCGGGGCUCCCAGCCAACCGAUAUGCGGGAAUAAAGCCACCGGCCAAAAGGCCGAACCCUGUUGGAGUGUGAGCUGGUUUGGUUCGUUGAAAAGCAGCAGCUGAGAGUGGCGGCAGCGGCCUGUACUGCGACUGCUGCCACUGCUACGGCUGCUGUCGCUGGCUGGUAUCCGUGAUUGGCAAUAGUUCGUGUUUUCGUGCUGCUUCCAUGCUGGUGUUCGAUACAGUGGUGAUAGUGCAUGUGCGAGUGGAUCUCUUGGUCGGUAAUCCUUGAGUGUUCGAAGUACCAUAAGCAACGUGUGAUGUGUGAAAUCGUUUUCACUUGAUUCAUUCAGCGUGAUAUAAUUAAGAUAAAAUCGUUUACGCUAAGCAAGCACCCAUCAGUCGAACAUGGAGUACAGUCUGAUUUCGUCAGUGGGGAUGGAUCUGUCAUCCGACCUCAAUCCAGCCCUGAUCAUCCCAAAACCGAACGCGCAGCAUUAUAAGCCGACGGGUGGUAUGAGCGGACACGAUUUGUUAGGCAAGUACUCGAUGGUGCCCUCAGAGGGUUUGGCGCUUUCGCAGGGUUCUCUGAUGGCAAUGGGCCCGGAUUUCCUUGGGCUGGCUGCACAUAAGAAGCCUGUGUUCCGCGAUCAUUCGAAGGCACCGUUGCGACGGUUAAGUGUUGAUCUAAUCAAGACGUAUAAACAUAUCAAUGAGGUAUACUACACCAAAAAGAAACAAAGGCGAGCCGCUCAACAACAGCAGGCCGUGCAGAUGGAGGCCGACGCCAAAGAGGACGCCAGCGGGUUUGAUGACGAGAAUGACGACUAUAUCGUGUCCAAAGGGCAGGUAUUCGUUGGGCGCUACACCAUCGACUGUCUUAUUGGCAAAGGCUCAUUCGGCCAGGUAGUUAAAGCCUACGAUAACGAGGAAAAGAAAUACGUCGCUAUCAAGAUAAUAAAGAAUAAAAAAGCCUUUUACAACCAGGCACAGAUCGAGAUCCGUUUACUGGACAUGAUGAAUGAUUUCUGUUCUCCCGGCGCCGAAAAGGUUGUCCGUCUACUAGGCCAUUUCAAAUGGAAGAACCACCUGUGCCUCGUAUUCGAGCUGCUCUCGUAUAACCUCUAUGAUCUGCUCCGGAAUACGAACUUUCGUGGCGUAUCGCUUAACCUUACGCGCAAGUUUGCGCAGCAAAUGUGCACCGCUCUAUGUUUCUUGUCAUCGCCACAGGUACAGAUUAUUCAUUGCGAUCUGAAGCCUGAGAACAUCCUUCUAUGCAAUCCCAAGCGAUCCGCGAUUAAAAUUGUGGACUUUGGCAGCAGCUGCCAGGUAGGACAGCGUGUGUACCAGUACAUCCAAUCCCGAUUUUAUCGAUCGCCCGAAGUGCUUCUGGGCAUCCCGUACGGUUUGGCAAUUGACAUGUGGUCGCUGGGCUGUAUAUUAGUCGAGAUGCAUACAGGGGAGCCGCUCUUCUCCGGGUCGAACGAGGUGGACCAAAUGAACAAGAUCUGCGAAGUGCUCGGCAUGCCGCCCAAGCCGCUUUUAGAUCAAGCCCGCAAGACGACGAAAUACUUUGAGAAGCUGGCGGACGGGUCGUACUUCCUCAAGAAGUGCCCCUCGGGCAAGCUGUACCAAGCGCCAGGCGAGCGACGGCUACACGACAUUAUGGGCGUGGAGACGGGUGGACCCGGGGGAAGGCGACUAGGUGAGCCGGGACAUCGCGUGCAGGACUAUCUCAAGUUCCGGGAUCUUGUCCUAGCUAUGUUGGAUUAUGACCCUGCCACGCGUAUCACACCACAGGAGGCUCUGACGCAUCCCUUCUUCAGUAAGAGCGACGCCGAGGACCGCCAGCUAACAGCGAAAGACUAGACAAAACAAAGGAAAGCCAUUUAGAUAAAUCAGAUGCAUAAAAACUGAGAUGUGAUCAGAGAUUAGACGAUAAGGCGAGACUUGUUAGGUGAGAGUGAGAGAAGCUGGUAUUAAGGAGAUCGGGGCUACUGUAUUUGGCCCGUUGCCCUUCUCUCUGUCUCGUUCUGUGUCACAUAAGGGUCAGAGGAGCGUAACAAAACCCCCUGUGACAUUUUCCCGAUGUUUUGCUUCUUCGUCAAAUGAUCGUGUUCAUUUCUUUGCGCUGUCGCUGCUACUAGUAUCCACAAGCAUUUUUCUGCCACAAGAUCUCGAAGCGCAUACUAGAAGCGCUAAUUGGAAGCAGGAGCUGCUAGCUGCCAACAUACAACUGCGAUAUGAUACCUUGCCGCACGCUUUACCUAUGCCGCUGCAACCGACACUAAAUCACUGCUAUCAGUUGCAGUGACUAGUAAAUCAUAACUGGUCGUGCACUCUGUAUAGUGAAUGAGAUCUGGGUAGAUUCUCUCUGGAGCAAGAAACAAAGUACUGAUUAGCGGAUCCUUUCAUACUAGAGAAAUAGGACCUAGAGAUCUUAACUCUGUGGAUAAUAGAAAGGAAAAAUAAGAACACAUUGAAAAACAGGAGCAAACGUGCAACUACUACGAUGCUUGCCUCACUAAGGAAGAUGAUUGGCCAGAAAAUGUCGAAGUUCUCUAUCAUUCACAGGGAUGACUUAUUCAACGGACGUUCGUAGACGUCGCAUCAGGAAGCGGGCUGCAAGGCGAAUAAUCCUUGCGUGCAACAACACAGCCGCACACGAAUAGUGGACUGUGGAAUAGCUGAAAAAUAAACAAAAAGCAGAAGACAACUAAGAUAAUCCGAGUUAGUUGAGGGGACCAUAAACAGAAUAAUAACAAUAUUAAUAAUAAUAAUCUCUCUAGGAGAUAGAGCAUCAAAGGACGAAGAACAGAAAAACUCAUUUAUUUUGCUCAUUCAUUAAUUUCUCAGAAAGAAAAAAUACACACGAACCAGCUGGCACGUAGAAACUAAGCGUCCAUCUCACGCGCGAACGUAUGAAAAAGAGCAUACACUCUUUACCCCACAGGUUGCCUAACUCGACUGAAGUCCCUCCCAUCGUUCGUAGAUGAGUGUGUUACUACAGCAGCAAUGAUUGAUGAGAGUUUUGGCUGAAUAGUUAUUAUUGCAAUUUUUUCGAUUGAUGAGCGAGAGAAAGGGAGAGAAAAAGGUUCUGUCUGGUGUUAUUAUCUGAGAGGUGUUGUUAUAAUUGCAUCGCCUCCUCUGUUUUCGGUUCGAGGCUUACCUAGUUAUUUAAUCAUAUACUUAACAUUAAAUUACGAUUGUCGACUGUAAAAAAGAAACUAGAUAAAGUCAGAGGCAACUGGCUUAGCAGUGGUUAGCGGUCCGCCUCUCAAAAAUCUUCAUGUGAACUUCAGGUUGCUGCUAUUAGCUGACAUGUAAAAUAACCGGUCAAGAACACAAGAAGCGAUUGAAGGCUAUAUAAUUAAGCUAGAUGAGGUGGUACGUAGCCUUGAGUCAAUGAUGUUUCAGGGCGCGAACUCAAUGUUGAGUAGGAACAUGAUCGGUGCCUUUGACAUUGCCAAGGUAAUGCUGGCAAAAGACAUAAGUUAAGGCAAUACGUGAACACGAUGGAGGUUGAAAUAGAGGGGAAUAGUGCCACCAAAAUAUGAUAUGAGCGGAGGAUGAUACGAAAUAUUAUGGAAAUAAUUGUAUAAGUGAUGGGUCUUAACAAAGGAACAUAAGAGAAAUCUUUCAAUUGGAGAAAAAGAAAUGACCGGACUGUUAAGCACUGCGAUGUGUUAGAUGGAGUAUUAAUCAUGUAUUGUAUAAAUGGCGGAUAAUCGAUCGAUGAAAUGUUUGUGACAUAAUUUAAUUAUUGAAGCAUGAAAUUUAAUUAUUGAAGCAUGACAAAGGAUGCUCACCCAAACGUGCAAUGUGCUACCCUUUCAACUGGCGGUGGGAGUUGGUGGAGAGUAUUUGAUUCAACGAUGAAUAGGGAUAUAAAGGAUAAAGAAAACGCCUGCCAGCUAAACAAAUGAUGAUGAGAUAACAAUGAAACGAUUGAUGAGAUGUUGGAUGAAAAUGAAUAAUGGUAAUAACUUUUGGUGAUGCUGACGAUUAUAAUAACAAAAUGCGCCUGUUGUCUGUGGUAUGUACCACUUGCUCGCGGACGACGGGAAACGACCAAGAUCGUCUGGGGUGGUUUUGCAUAAGGCUCGUCCUUGAAGGAUGUACACUCCGGAAUGCAGCAAAAGCUACUGACGUGAAGAAGAAUAAGAAGUAGAAACCUCUUCAAAUAGUAUGCAACGAACUACCAAUCGCUAUUUGCUCCUAAUGAACAACUUCUAGAAAUCGAAUUCGAUUGGCCACUGCGACAUUCUAUUCUCUUGAGCUGUAGGAUAUAGAUAUGUAGUCAGCCCGGUCAAGCCAAGCUUAGUCAGCUCUUGGGUGUACUGCAACCGAAGCCCUCGGGCGCUCACUCACCUGUAAAUAGAAUGAGGAUGAUACGGAUUGCUACACUAUUUAUUAUUAAUUACAAAAACGUCAUCAACUGCAAAUAUGGCAACAUGAUAAGGCCAAUGGCAAGAACAAACGUUGUGUGAGCACUGAGGCGGUAGGGUUCGUUCUCCCGAGAUAAGCAGGCGUCAAUCUAAACCACUACAACGCGGGUUACUGAAUCCUGCCAGGUGUCUGUUCACCCCAUGAAAAGCCAGCUAUAACAGUAUUUGAGAAGUGUGUGGCCGGUCACCCACGUUUCUUCAGAAGGACACCAGCUGGAAGCAAGCUAACGGGAAACUUGCUUUUUAUAAUAAUUCAGCCUUAACUUCGUCUAGUCUCGACGAGCCUGUUAUCAUCUAAAGCUUGCAAGGUAGCGCAGGAUGUGGAAUCGAACUAACCAGAAACUCGUCCUACAAGACCGAUCGCUCAACCAAUCGUGCAGUUGGACUUCUUUAAUGAAAUUGACUGGUCUGAAGUAGUUGAAUGAACCUCCGGACGAAAUUGGUCUUGUAAAAUACCUAGCUAACAAAAACAAACUGCCUACCAGAACACAAUUACCCGUUUGCAGCCCAGGUGUAAAGACCCAGCUGAACAAAGACUAUCCAGGUUUACCGAUAUACCGAACACUAAAUCAAGUUUAGCGUUUUUAGGCUGAAGUGAGACUUACAAAGGAGUGGUAAUAUGUCGAGGACGUGGCUGUACUAGUUUACCAUAAGUCAAUUCAUUUUUGGUUACCCCGUGUGUGUAAGGUAACGUCCAAUAGCCAAUUAUAAAAUUUGUUUAUUACGUAAAUGAAAAGCAAUAGCCUAAAAAUAAUUUUUGGUUCACUUCCAUUUUAGAAUCACGAGUGGUAAAAAUUAUAACAGUACUGUUUAGACGAGUUAGCUGAACCGCUGGGUUGAUUUAUUGGUCCGCGUCCUUUGACAAGGGGGUCUAUGAGCUAUAUUAAGUCAUAGGGCUUCCUCUGUGUGGUUUAAGCUAUCGAGUGAGAGCAAAUGGGGUUCGCAGUUCGUCUCGUUUUAUAGAAAGUUAAUAAAUAAUCUUUUGCAGAUAUUAAUAGGCAUGUGGGUAAAGCAUAGGACUACGCCAGUAACAACAUUGUUGGACUAUUAUGAGAAGCAACUCAAGUGACCAGACACAUACAACAGCAAUUCUAAUCUAACUACAAAUGUCGUGUAGUGUAUGCCGAUACGUAAUACUGGGAUACAGGUAAAUAGGCUCGUAGAUUGAAACAGGAAAUUGGCUUUGUACCAAAGACGAUGUUUACAACUUUGAACGUCAACGAGACUGUACAUGAACUGAAAAAGUGUUUUUACAGCAGUGGGACAAAAUUGCGAAUUCUAAGUUUUCGAAAAGAAAUGGUGCACGGAUGUCAUCAGCAAUGUAGAUAGGCUACGGGUGCAACGUUCCCCCGCGGUGUUUUCAGUGACGAUAAUAACGGUAAUAUUAAUAACAACAACAAAAUACAUAACAUCAAGGAAUUGUACAUAUGAUUUGUCACGGAAAUUAGAUAUUUGGGACAGGUAGAUGAUAUGUAAGGUCGAUGAAUAAAUAAGCUGGUGAAGUAAAUCGCUAAGGAGAAUGAUAAUAAGGAUGAUGAUGAUAAUAAUAAUAAUAACAAUAAAAAAAAACAUGAGGUGAAUGUGACCCUCGUGAACGAACGAUAUGGAGCAUAUGUCUGUAGAGAAAGGAAAGCAUAACGAACCAACGACCAGCCAGCGUCGUAUAACAUUAAAAUGAAUAAGGUCCUAAAAUGGAAUAAAAUACUUAAAAAAAACACGAAAAAAUACUUUAGACAAUAAAAUCAAAACACGUGAUCUCGUGUUGAUACGAGAAUGUGGGUAGCAAGA